AUGGUUUUUUUUUAUACACGCACACACGCAACAAUCACAAUUCUAGAUUAAAUUCAGGUCGCUUGAAUGCAUACUUUGAUGUGUACAUGUACAUUGCAGAGAAUUGAAUGACUGCACGCGUUGUUUAACGCGUUGGCCUUCUUGGGAGACUCGUUUUGUCUACUGUUCCUGUUGUGGUAGGCCAGCUCUAACCAGUUGAGCAAAACAUAGUGGAUCGCUGCACUACAUGUAGCAGAAGUCGUAGUGAAACUGAGUCUGUAGGACCAUAUCCCUCCACAUCUCACAGGGAAACCAACUGGUCAUCUCAGCAUGGCGAUCGGAGUCGGCAUGACCAUGUCUGGGAAGUGGGCCGGCUGGAUGGUCACCUUGUGUGUACUGGUGCAGUUCUUCCUCCUGUUCGGGCCCCUGUUCAACUACAGCAUCCUGUUCGUUAGUUUCCGAGAAGAGUUCGGGACAAGUGCAGCACUAACUGGCUGGGUAGGCUCUUUAGAAAACGGCCUGCUGAGCGUCUUCAGCCCAAUUGGUGGCGUGCUUCUAAAAUGGCUGAGCCACCGAUCGGUCUGCAUGCUGGCACUUACUGUCUUCAGCCUAGGAUGCCUGGCCACUUCCUUUGUUCCCAAUAUCUACUGGGCUUUUUUGACUGUGGGUGUCCUGAUGGCAUUCGGGUGUGGCGCCAACAUGCACAGCGCCACCUGUCUGCUCUUCGAGUGGUACCCGGGCAAGAAUAACGCGAGGGCCACUUGCUUGUCUUUACUCGGCACCUCCAUAGGUUUUCUCGCUUUUGCACCACUGAAGACCCUUCUCAUCGUCCACUACGGCUGGCGCAACAUGAUGAGAAUCGUCGGCGGCGGAGUCUUCAUUCUAGGCAUCUUGAGCGCCAUAUUGCUGGUCCCCCCGCCGGCACGAGAACAGCGUCCUGAGGAGGAAGACUCGGCAUCCCCGGCGGCUGAUACAUGCCUGGAUGAAACGCAGCUCGAAGGGGGAGGUACGGUACAGUCGCAGGGGACGGCGGACAAAACCACCGAUGCAUUCUGCGAGGAUAUGGACGGGAAAACCGAACAGGAACCCGAUGAGGACGAAGUCACAGCCACAGACGCAGACAUUUACACAGCCACAGCCACAUACACAGCCACAGCCACAGCCACAUACACAGCCACAGCCACAGCCACAGACACAGACACAGCCACAGCCACAUACACAGCCACAGCUACAGCCACAUACACAGACACAGCCACAGCCACAGACACAGACACAGCCACAGCCACAUCCGCAGCCGCAGCCGCAGCCGCAGCCGCAGCCGCAGCCGCAGCCGCUACGGAAACCGACCUUGACAUUAGGACCGCCAAAAAGGGCGAAAAAAGCGCAGGAAACGCUGUGCAACACAAGAAAGGAUUUUCAGAGAUGAUACGUCAGGUUGACGUCUGGCUCUUCAUGGCGUCCCAGAUGUUUGCUAUGACUGGUUGGACAUUCGCCACCAUUAACUUUGCCAGCUUCAUGAAGAGCCUUGGGUUUACCGUUGACCAAACUUCCCUGGCAAUCAUAGUCUUCGCAGUCGCAGAGAUCCUGGGGAAGAUCCUGAUCGCGUCCCUGGGUGACCACUUACCGUUCCUGCGAGUCAACGUGGUGGCGAUAUCAUCGAUGUUUGGUGCCAUGGCGGCGGGCUUUCUGAGCUUAGCGAAGUCACUGACUGACAUACUUAUCCUCUCCGUAGUUUGCGGCGUCCUGCGUGCCUUAUUUCUAGGCAUUACCUUUUCAGCCAGCUUUCAGUUGUUUAGCGCCUACGGAGGAGACGCCGUGACGUCACUUGUGCUAGUCCCCUUUGGCGUGGGUUCAGUCAUCGGAGCACCACUGACAGGGUUUCUUUUCGACAUUUCGGGUAACUACACUCUCAGCUUGCUAGUCCUGAGCGGUGUCUUCGCACUAUCGGCCGUCUGCAUCCUGACGAUAACGCUCCGCGGAAAUAGCGCGACUAUCGCCUUCUGCAAGAGAAGGUCCACGGCUCGAAACGAAGACCGCGCGCAGAACGUGAAAACCGAUGGAGACGACCUGUCCACAAAGUCAGGAGCGGAAAAUAAGGCAUAUAUCGUAACUGAGACUCUAUAAAGACGAAAUACAAACAAAAAAGUUUUAUCUUGAGAAAGAAACCACCGUCAAAGCACCUUGUAAAAUCAUAAUAUAAAAGUAUUGCACUUAAUAGUAUGCACCAUACACAUAGGGCCUACGUAUAUUUUCAUGUAAACUGUAUAUGGCAAUAAGGUUAUUGAUACUCUUUUUUGCAUGUUGUUUUUGCGUUUUGUUUUGUAUUAAUUAAUAUUACUAUGUUUAAAAUGGUCAACUGGUUACCCUAAUGGUUUGUAGGUGUAUCUUUGAAAUUGGUGUUUUGGAUGGAAUUAAUAUCAAGUAAGAUAUGGCCCGUAUAUAUUAUAAGGUGUGCCAAACCUUCGUGUACCUCGCUAAAAUAUGUCGUCUUAUGAAUAAGCGACAGCAAGUGUGCUACAUGUGAUGUGCCCUUCUUCGGCCCUCGUAGGUCGACCAAACAGCGCCAUCUACGAUUCGUGCUGAUUAUGCGUAGCACUGACACGGACUAUAUGCGAACAUUUCACUGCGGUGAUUGGACAGUAAUAAACUCCCAGGAUUAAAUAUUUUUGAAAUACAUGUACAUAACAAAUCUCUAUCUUUCUCUGGGCUCCCAUAAAUUGAAAGCUAAUUUGGUUUCUUUAAAGUUGCCCUUGGGAUAAGAUGUGCAGUUGUUUAACACAUAAAUAAUGACAUGCAUACUGGGAUAUAUAAAUAUAUUGUGCCAGUGUAAUGUUUUAAUUAUUUUUCAAACAAAUAUCUCAAUAAUAAUAGAAUAAAAUAUAUUGCAUAUUAAUAGUGUUUUACAAAUGUAUACAUGGCUGUGCAGUGAAAAAUAUAGAUUUAAACCAAUUUAAACCUUGCGUACAAUAAUACAGUAUUUAAAUCAGAGGCGUGGUUUUUUUUUCCGUACACAAUUAAAAGGUGCAAAAAUAAUACCAAAAGCGUUCUUUGGAAA